AUGAAGAAGGAAUUGGAGCUCUGCAGGCCACAGGAGGCCCAUCAUGCAGGAGGUUCAGCUUUGAAAGCCAAGUUCAUGGUCCAGAAACAUCACCAUCCAGAUGUGAGCCUCUGGGUCUGUUUCCUUUGUCUUGCUAGGGAAGACGAGCACGCCCUCAUCCAGCAGUAUUGCCAGACACUCGGAGGAGAGUCCCCGGUGAGCCAGCCACAAAGCCCAGCUCAGAUCCUGAAGUCGGUAGAGAGGGAAGAACGUGGAGAACUGGAGAGGAUCAUUGCUGACCUAGAGGAAGAACAAAGAAAUCUACAGGUGGAGUAUGAGCAGCUGAAGGACCAGCACCUCCGAAGGGGGUUCCCUGUUGGUUCACCGCCAGAGUCGAUUGUAUCUCCCCAUCACACGUCUGAGGAUUCAGAACUUAUAGCAGAAGCAAAACUCCUCAGGCAGCACAAAGGUAGACUGGAAGCUAGGAUGCAGAUUUUAGAAGAUCACAAUAAACAGCUGGAGUCUCAGCUCCACCGCCUCCGACAGCUGCUGGAGCAGCCUGAAUCUGAUACCCGAAUCAAUGGUGUUUCACCGUGGGCUUCUCCUCAGCAUUCUGCACUGAGCUACUCGCUUGAUCUGGAUGCCUCUGGCGCACAGUUCCACCAGGCAGCUGUCACAGCGGGAGAGGACUUGCUGACCCCACCGCAUGACACCAGCACGGAUCUCACGGAGGUCAUGGAGCAGAUCCACAGCACAUUUCCAUCUUGCUGCCCCAAUGUUCCCAGCAGGCCACAGGCAAUGUGAUUCGGCCAGCCAAUGUUUCCUGAGAUACAGUGUUGCCCUUUUCAGCAAAUGCCAAUUCCAAGUUCCAUUUAAUCAGAAGCUCCAUGGCUCCGUGGCCCACAGUGUUGAGUGCUGACUGUGUGUUCUACUGAAAGAGUAAAACACUGCCUAUCCAAAGAGAAAUGGAUAUUUUGUUUUUAUAAUAACCAUAUAUUAUUGUUUUCUUCUUCCCUUUCUAUGCAAGUGUAAAUUAAUGAACAGAGAGGUAUUUGGAAAUGGGAAUACAUUUGUCACGGAUUUGUAUAAUGUAUACAGCAUUGGGAAAGUGGGUGGGGGCUUUCUAAUAUGAUACCAUCUUUUUAAUAACUAUGACAAAGCUUACAUAAGAAUUAGAAGACCACUUUACAUUUUUACAUUCCUUCUGCUGUUCUUAUUAACGUUGCACAGUAACUUCACUAUUUCUUUGACUCUUUCACCACAAUGUUUUGGUUAUUUAUAAUUUAUCAGCCAUAUAACCAAAUAGAUCCCAUGUAUUUGUUUCCGUGAUUUGGCCACAUUAAUAAAUUCAUAAAUUUCGAUCAAAUAUCUUAUAUAUAUACACAUAUGGUUUAAGCUACAGCCCUGUGUAUGCCUUUUAACUUUAUUUGACGUUGCCCAUUUACUUCUUUGCUGUCCACUUGGAUAACCGUAAUAAAAAUCCUAUGGGCCUAAAUGACAUUUCUUUUGGGAUAUUUUUUCCUGCAUUUUAUUCCCUUUUUAUGUAAGUAGGAAUUAAUUAUUUAUUUAAUGUCUUAAUCUAUUUGAUAAAGAAGACUACGUUAUGAUAAUCUCAAAGAUCAUAUUACCAAAGGUUGCCCACUUAAGCAUGUUUUCAUUUUGACACAGAAACAAACUUUAGUACAAUCUUUCCUAGUUCCCAUGUCUUAAUUUUCAUCAUUAUAUGCACAGCACACCUUCACCUAUGGUGAUACCAGAACACAUCAUUGUCUUUAGUUUCCUUCAAAGAUAAUUUUAUUGUUGUUUUGUAUUUUCAAGUCCUUAAUAGUUCUUAAAUCUCCUAGUUGUUUUCUUACUGAAAGCGGCCACACAUUUAGUGCACAGCUUGUUUUACCUUUUGGGUGAAAGAUCAGAUGUUUUUAUACCCUUCACUUGAUCAAUAUAUUUGGAAAGAAUGUUUAUCAAAUAUGUCACUGCUUCUACAGAAAAAUGAAAUUAAUGCUCACGUGAUAGUACUUCCACCUACAUCUUUGACUGCAUUCAAUUAAGUAUUUUGGUUUAGCUUCUGAUUUAAUGUUUAAUUGAUUCAGUUUAAACAUGUUACUUAAUUACCAAAUGUAGAGGAACCAAAAAAAAAAAGUGAAAAUAAUAUGUGUUGAUUCAAACAUAUUUGCUUUUAAAACAUAAAGACAUUUUAACUUUGGGUUCUCUUUAGCUGGGAUCUGGCCAGAAAGAGGCUUAAAGUUAGAAAUUGCUAUUAUUUUAGAAUAGGUUGGGUGGGUUGGGGGGCAAGGGUGUCUAUUUGCAGCAGAGAUAUUUUGAAAAGAAGAAAAUUGUUUUAUAUAAAAGGAAAGCCAUGACCACCUUUCUACCUCAGAUCCAUCUUCAUCCAUUGCAUUGGAAACUGCUUUAUGCUGCUGCAGUCUGCAAAGUCUACAGCUUUUAUCAGGCCAUGUCAUACCCAAGAAAGCACCUAUUUAAAGAAAAAACAAUUCCCUGAACUCUCAACUCCAAGUUGUAGAUUUGGUGUCUUCCUUGUUCCUACUUUAAAAAGUCAUGUAUUAAUUUUCUUUCUGCCUGCAUUUGUAUGCAAAAUGUCCUCUAUCUGCUAUUAAGGAAAAGCUACGUAAAACACUACAUUGUAACCUUCUAAGUAAUAAUAAAUAAAAAGAAAUAUAUUGUAGUAACAACAAUGGGAAGUAAGUAUGUAGUUCUUUUGAAAUAUAUGGUAAAGAACUAAUCAGACUAUCAUCAUCUGGUUACAUAUUGUAUUUUUCAUCCUGAAUAAAAGUGAUUUUAACACAA